AUGCGACAUCGAUCCAGCAGUGAUACUAUUCUUCAGACCCCUCUCGCCCUAGAGGAAUCGCCCUAUCCUUCUCUCUCUCUCCCUCUCCACCUCCUUCCUCGACGCGUCCACAUCCACAUUCCUGUCCAAUCUGAGUCUUCGGUUCUUGCAAACGACGCCGUACGUACGCGUGAAAUCCGGGAGCAGGUAGCACCCGCCAUCCGCUGGGAUAUCGGCAGGGACGCUGAAGAGGACGUUACUGCAGUUGACGGCAUCACUGGAGAAGUUGAUGACGCAGCUGUCGGCCAGGCCUGUGACCUUGACGCCAUUGGAUGCCCACCCGGGCUACGCCCCGCAAGUGUUGCCCGUGCUGUUCUGGGUCAGGGGGUGGUCACUGCAGUCCUGGCUCUGGUAAAUUCUGAAGGACCAUGA